AUGGCCCUUGCGAUUCGCCUUCGAGAACUACCGAGGGAAGUAACCGCCACUGGCCCGCCAGCGCAACCGUGGGGCACAAGUGACAAGUCCAAAACGUAUUGGAGCGCUGAGCUCCCCUCUCCUCCCGCAACGGCCUCAUUUUCCCAACACUCGCAAAUAUGGCAGUACAAAGAUCCCAGUGGCACUGUGCAAGGACCGUUUUCGUCUCAGCAGAUGCAGGACAGGUCCAGAUCGAAUCCCUUCAACGAAGACCAUCCCAUAAAGCACGUCGACGACCUCACAUACCAACCAUCUGGUCUUCUUCCGCUCAAGUUCGGGGACGCGGACGAGCAGCAACGCCAUCAGCAGGCCCAGCAGCAACAACGCUUGCAUCGGCGAGUGCAGUGCCUUGUGACGAUCUGCCUGCUCCAGCACGACAUCCUCGGAGACAGUGUUUAUGCACCUCAGGCGGCCUAUGCCCGUACACGGUGCACAAGCCUGAUAGAGCGGGAGGUUCUUGUGGUCCGCUGGCUCUGUGCAAAGGCGAAGAUAUCCUCACCUGUACUGCUGGGUGCUGGGAGUAUACGCUCGCCGCUUGUCCUGAUGGCCUUUAUAUUCAGUCCGCAACCCCGAUCCGCCGACCGAAUUUACGCCGGGCUCAAGGAAAUCUGCGUGGUGGACAUGAGAUAUACCGGAUUGCAACGAGGAGUGGCGCGCUGCGAUCAACAGUGUCACACAUGGGACUCGGCACGGGAUAGCUUGCGGACGCGGGGUUUCGCGGCGGGACGCAGGAAAAGGUUCGAGUGGGCGGUAUCGCUUGCCGGUGGGGAGUACCGCUACCUCUUUUGGCGGCCGGACAAGAACAUAAUAGUGGAAGUUGACGGCAGGCAGCAUUUCGAAGCUGUCAACUGGAGGGGUAGCAACGAUACGCGCAGGGCCGAGGCCGGAUUCAAGACACUCUCGGUACCGCCGUUACGCGCAUAUUACGGGUGCAUCAGUGCUCAACCCGACCUUUGGAAUUCGCGAGACACAACUCUUGCAGCAAUCAAAAUAGCCAUCGCGUCGGCAAAGCUUGGCGUACUUUUUGUGUCUUCCGACAGCGCUACCUACGACAGUAUGCGUUCCCGGAUGCUAAACUACGCGUCAGUUAAGUGGGGCCAUUCGGAAUCUCAGUUGCUUGAGUCCCAGGACUCCCAUUCGUCAGAGUUCACGGAGGACUAG